GCUCGACCAAACAAAGUGAGUGCGCCAGUCUGAAGAAGCGUUCAAAAAGUUUUUUUAAAACUCGUUUUGACGGGUAAAUGCGGGAAAGAUGUGAAGAUUAAAUAUGAUAUAGGUCACCUUUAUGGGAAUAUAUUUGUGUUCCUGCUGCAAUGACACAGUCAGUCGUCGUCCAAGUGGGACAGUGUGGAAACCAGGUCGGCUGCAGGUUUUGGGAUCUUGCUUUACGGGAACAUGCCCAUGUCAAUAAAAAAGGAGUGUACGAUGAGGCCCUCAGUAGUUUUUUCCGAAACGUGGACUCAAGGAAACGUGACGGGGGAUCCUGCUGUGUUGGUGGGAGGAUCCAACAUCUGAAGGCCAGGGCGGUGCUGGUGGACAUGGAGGAGGGUGUGGUCAAUGAGAUCCUACAGGGCCCGUUGAGAGAAGUUUUCGACAGCACGCAGCUCCUCACAGACGUGUCGGGUUCAGGCAACAACUGGGCCGUUGGACACAUGACGUACGGCUCAGCCUACAGGGAGCAGAUCGUGGACAAGCUGAGGAAGGCAGCAGAACACUGUGACUGUCUGCAGUGCUUCUUUCUCAUCCACUCCAUGGGAGGAGGAACGGGCUCAGGCCUGGGUACAAGAGUGCUGGGUCUGCUGGAGGAGGAGUUCCCCGAGGUGUGUCGGAUCGUCACCUCCAUCUAUCCGUCUGCAGAGGAUGAUGUCAUCACGUCUCCGUACAACAGCAUCCUGGCCAUGAGGGAGCUGACGGAGCACGCUGACUGUGUGCUUCCUGUUGAAAACCAGUCGUUGGUCGACAUUGUGAACAAGAUAAAACAAAUGUCUCACAUUGGAAAGCCGGGCUCUGUGAUCAAGACGGACAGCUCAGUCAUCUCAGGGCAGGGGGGGCUCAGCGGGGCAGAGAAGCCCUUUGACGCCAUGAACAACAUCGUGGCUAACCUGUUGCUCAACAUCACCAGCUCAGCUCGCUUUGAGGGAUCACUCAACAUGGAUCUGAAUGAGAUCGCCAUGAACCUGGUCCCGUUUCCUCGUCUACACUACCUGGUACCGAGCCUCACGCCUCUCUACACGCUGGCAGAUGUCAGUGUCCCCACCAGAAGACUUGAUCAGAUGUUCAGUGACGCCUUCAGUAAAGACCACCAGCUGAUCCGGGCCGACCCGAAGCACAGCCUCUACCUGGCCUGCGCCCUCAUGGUAAGGGGCAACGUGCAGGUGUCUGACCUCCGCAGGAACAUCGAGAGACUGAAGCCUUCGCUGCCCUUUGUCUCGUGGAACCAGGAGGGCUGGAAGACGGGCCUGUGUUCGGUCCCUCCUGUGGGUCACUCCCACUCGCUGUUAGCUCUCGCCAACAACACCUGUGUAAAGCCCACGUUCAUCGAGCUGAGGGAGCGCUUCACCAAGCUCUACAGGAAGAAGGCUCACCUGCACCACUACCUGCACGUUGAUGGGAUGGAGCAGGAGUUCUUCUCAGAGGCCGUCAGCUCCCUCGACUCACUGAUCGAAGAAUACAAUCAGCUGGACGCCACCAAGGGGAGACUCGUGCCUGAUGCACCCAGACUCGACAUCGCCAGAUGAAGGAUGCUCUGAUGUUAACGUGUGGGUGUGUGUGGGUUUGUGUUUGUGUGUUCUCUGUCUGCUUGCAAAGUGAUAAUCAUUGUUUUUUAAAGAAUGACACAACACAACCAAAAUGUUUGUACAUACCUUUAUAAUUUAUAUCUCAUUAUUGUCUAAUUUAUGACCUGAUUCAACAUUUUCAGGAACAACAUGUCACAUUACAAGAGUUUCACUCAAUAUGUUUUAGAACCUGAUAUAACAUGUAGGUGACCAUUAGGAGGUUUUGGUCAUGAAUUACCGUAAAAUCUGGAGAUUAGACGCACUUUUACAUCUGAACAACAGGCUGCACCUUAUAUCCCUGUGCCACUAAUACACCUGUACAAAAUACUGAGACAUGCAACGUCAUGCCUACAUGUGCAGCCGUCACCCAGUGCACGCCACCUGAUGCUGAACACAGAUCAGUCUGAGGGCGCCAUGUUAACAACUUUUCUCCCUCAUAAGGUCAUUAUUGUGCUUUUAAAAAGAAAGCUGGUAUACGGUGAAGUAAAUCAACCUUGUGGAGCGCUGGCUUGAUUGAAAAGACUCCUCAAUUAAAGACAACAAGUGACCAGCGGAGGUGGGAAGGGGCUGUUGGUCCCGGGCUGUGGCUCCGUACUCCUCAAGUAUCAGCACUACCAUGAGGCUGAGAGCUGAACUUGUGUCCUGCUGUAGUCGUCAGGAUUGUAAACUCCACAUGGUGAAAACAGAUGGUGCUGCAAGAGCUGCACAGAAACUGCACGUUGUCAACUUUGCUGAACACAAUGAAAAGUGUCACGCACGAGGACAGUUUAAACCUUUACCCCCUCAGGGUGACCCUCAGACAAGGCUGCGUUUUAGGGCGCACUCACAUAAGGCAAUCUGUACCGUUCCCAAGCACGCUUCACCCCUAAAGUCCAGUUUGUUUGACUACUGUGAUUGCUCCAUACCAUGGUCAAUCACGGUACACUUCCUUAGUCCUGGCAUCGUUGGAAGAGGUGUUCUUCGGCACGGUACAGUUCAUACAUGAGCAGAAGCACGGGUACACAACGUGGAGAUUAAGUAUAAUCUGCCCCCGCCUCCAUUAUCGAGAAAUAGUAUGCUCUGGCUGUAUCUGAUCAAAAUAAGCCACAAAGUCUGUAAAGUUUCAUGUUCUCUGUGUUGUUCUUCGAUGUGCGAACAUGGGCUCCACCGAGCGUCCCUUUUAUCUAUUCUUUCUUCAGCCUGUCUUGUAAACUAAGCAUGCUUCAUGAUCACAUAAAGCCAUGCAUGUGUUGAAUUGCAACGUUAUGUACAAGAGAUAACCAUGCUCAGACCCUGGUUAGUCCUGGAAUGGGGAGGGGGGCAUGGUGCUUGAGUACAGUACGGGCACCUUUGCCUAGUGUGAGUUUGCGCUUAUAUUCCGGUGCGACUUGCAUCCAGAUUUUACGGUACAUCUGCCAUUUCCGCUAAUGCACUGGCCACAUGACUUAACGUUAUUGCACGAUCAUGUCCUUAGAAAAUAGUUCAUUAAAAAGAAAAGCUUCAAACUUU